AUGCAGCAGCAGAUGGCUGCGGAGGCGCAAAGGCGUGGAAUGACAGUCGAGGAGUUUGGCAAGAUGCAGCGAGAACAGAUCGCGGCAGAGGCUGCUAGACAAGGCCUUACUACCGAGCAGUUUAUCCAUAGACUGAAGGCUCAGGCCUUACGACAGCACCAGAUGCAGCAGCAGCAACAACAGCAGCAGCAGCAGCAGCAGCAACACGGGGAGGGACAGCCGGGCCAGCAAGGACAACACCAGCACCAGCACCAGCACCAGCACCCUCAACAGCAGCAGCAGCAACAUCAAGUGCCUGUCAACUCUAACGCCCCACCAGAUCCAAAGGGAAUAGCAGUUGCGCAGUUCUUGAGGUCACAGAACCUGAAGCCGAGAGUCUGCAUCUUGGAUGGCCGAAGAAAGGAGUUGUUCAAGGUUAAACGAGCAUUGCGAGCACUUCAGUCUCCUGCCUAUGCCAAAGCCUCCGCUAAGCCCAAAUCCAACCUGCCACCGGUCACUGAUCUAGCAUCUGCCGAAAACGCAUUUAGGCUUCUACCAAUGUCCCUUCUGGCCUUGAAGGUGACCAAGAUCGAUCCCCAUGAAGGUCAUAACCACGCAAAACCACCAUCUAAGAAAGGUAGAGUCAAGGGCCUGUGGACCGUUCGCAUACAACAGCAUCAAGACACCGAUCCCAUGUCCCACUAUGUCUGGCUAUACGAAGGGCCUCAGUGGAAACAGAAGGCAAUGGCUGCUGGAGUAUUGGCUGCCAUCAUGGCUGUUGUCAUGUUUCCUUUGUGGCCCAUCAUGCUUAGACAGGGUGUCUGGUAUCUCAGUGUUGGCAUGAUGGGAUUGCUCUGUCUGUUCUUCGCCAUGGCCAUCUUCCGUCUUAUUCUAUUCGCAGUCACAUUCUUCGUUGCUUCACCCGGACUAUGGCUAUUCCCGAACCUAUUUGAAGAUGUUGGAUUCUUUGAGAGUUUCGUACCCGUAUGGGGUUGGCAAGAGACUAAGAAGAAGAAGAGGUCUAAGAAGACUGAUGGCUCAUCGUCAAAGCCGUCAAAGCCCAAGAUUUCAAAAUCCACAGCUGCUCCCCCCACGGCUACUGAAAAAGCUCCUGCUGCGGAUCAACCCGUCACCGCGCCAGACGUGUCUAAUGAAAAGGCAAAUCAGAACAAAUCUUCUGAGCAGUCAUCCGGUAAACAGGCCUUUGCAGCUAGUGUAGAGGAUGCUGAAGAAGAGUAG